AUGUCUGAGGGUGUCGCGCAGCUCAAGCAUGAGGGCUCGCAGCGACAGGUCGUGGUAGCUGGCGCUGUCGCCGGCCUUGUGUCGCGCUUUGUUAUAGCUCCCCUCGACGUCAUCAAAAUCCGCCUACAACUCCAGAUCCACUCGCUCUCCGACCCCCUCAGCGUCCGCGGCGUCCAUGGCCCCGUCUACAAAGGAACCUUGGGCACCCUCAAGCAGAUCCUGCAACAAGAAGGCCUGACAGGGCUAUGGAAGGGCAACAUCCCCGCUGAACUGAUGUACCUGGCCUAUGGAAGCAUUCAGUUUUCUGCCUACACAUACGUCUCGUCUCUCUUGGAGCACCCCUCGCAGCCAGUACCUCUUCCUGGCUCAGCUGUCAACUUCAUCAGCGGCGCUGCUGCAGGUGCGGCCGCGACAACGGCUACCUACCCGCUCGAUCUGCUGCGCACACGGUUUGCCGCCCAGGGCAUCAAUCGCGUGUACACAUCCAUUGCAGCCUCACUCAAGCAGAUCGCGCAGCAGGAAGGGCCCACGGGAUUCUUCCGCGGCCUGGGCGCUGGCGUGAGCCAGAUUGUGCCCUAUAUGGGCUUGUUUUUUGCGACUUAUGAGGGUCUGAAGCCACUCGUGGCAGACUCGCCCGUACCCUUGCCCUUUGGCACUUCGGAUGCCGCUGCCGGCGUAAUUGCCAGUGUCUUGUCUAAAACUGCCGUUUACCCUCUUGACACCACACGAAAGCGUCUGCAGGUUCAAGGGCCCAUGUUGACACGCUACGUACAUGGUAACAUACCCGAGUAUAGAGGUGUGAUGAGUACGGUGUUGCGCAUAUGGAGGCAGGAGGGUAGACGUGGCAUGUACCGCGGCCUAACAGUCAGCUUGCUCAAGGCCGCGCCUGCGAGCGCCGUCACCAUGUGGACGUACGAAAGAGCCAUGGCAUUUAUGCUGGCUUGGGAACAAGAGCGAGCGUGA